UGGCAAUUACUUGUUAGUGUGAUCAGUUGCACAAGUUAGAGAAGUCUGGAUCACUCUUGACAAAAAGAUUUUUCUACGCCAUCAGUGUUACUGGCGACUUCAAUGCCAUCCCCUUUGGAAAGGGAAGAGUCAGAGAAAACCCAUCUGCACAACAAGAAACUAAGAUAUUUCAAAUCUUUACAUUUACUGGGCAAAUGCUUUUGUCCAGAAGUGACAUACUAGCGGACGCAUAACACAUAACAAGCAUGCAGCCGUCACUCGGCCAACUUAGUGCUAGUAAGCUAAGCUUCCAGUGAGUGACCUGUAACAACUGUAAUUUCUCUGUGGAGAAAAAAACUAAGUGAAUUUUGCUUAUUAACCUUGCAUUUGUAAUCAUAAAUACUGAAAGUUAAAAUGUUUUUAACAUUUAAAUCCAUUCUGUUUGGAAGAGAGGUGACUGUACCCUGACUUCCAGUCCUACCUUACUCAUUGUUGACACUAACUGUAAACUGUAGACACCAGUUGUGCAAUAAUCACAGACUGGAAUCUUUUUGGUUCCCUUAUCUGCCUUGACUCUCCCCCAGCUCCGACGGCACCCAUGGAAAGUGUUUUUGUACAGUUGCUAUCGCUGUCACAUUGGCACCGUAGCAUUGUGAUCUGGGUUUAUCUCCCUCUUGACCCGUGGUCGAUGCUGGUUUCCGUUUUGGACCCUCUCAGGCGAAUCGAAGGCAGCAGUAUGACACUCUGAUGCUGGAAAAUGACGGUUCAGCUGGAAGUUAUUUCUGGAAGCAGUGUGGGUAAAACCACCUUGGUCCAGAAGGCCUGUGAAGCCCUGACAUCAUCUGGAGUGGCUGUUGAAGGCUUUUACACCGAGGAGGUCAGGGAAGGAGGGAGAAGAGUUGGAUUUGAUGUUGUCUCUGUGACAGGAAAGAGAGGGAUCCUCUCCAGGAUUGGGGGUUCGUCUGGCUCGUCUGCAGGGAGACGCGAGCACAUGGUUGGCCAGUAUGUGGUAGAUCUGGUGUCUUUUGAAAGCUUGGCACUUCCACUUUUCAAAAACGCAAGUCCCGGGGGCCGGGCAGUCUUUGUGAUCGACGAGAUCGGGAAGAUGGAGCUCUUCAGCCAGGCUUUCAUCCGGGCAGUGAGGCAGAUGUUGGACAGUUCUGGGCGUCCCACCCUUGGCACCAUUCCCGUUCCGAAGGGCAGACCGUUGGGGCUGGUGGAGGAGGUGCGGGGCAGGGCGGACGUCAAACUUUUCACUGUAACCAAAGAAAACAGAAACCAUAUCUUGCAAGACAUUGUGGCAGCUCUGCAGGAGUGUCUCGGACAAACGGUGUGAAUAACAGGAAGAACGGAGAAGUCGAGUGCUUGACGCCUUUCCCAGAUUUGCAUCUUUUUGUAAGGCGUGUGAAUAGGCUUUCAUCCGCCAUGUGAGCAGCAAAUAGCUUGAUGGCUUCAUGUGUAGCUGUAGCGGCCACACAGGUUUAAAAAUCUUCCCCUGUAUGCGGAACCUAGUCUGCAUGUCACACUUACAAAAUAUGUGACGUGUGUUUAUUAUUUGUUUUCGAAGGGCACUUCACGCCCCAUGAUGAUGAAUUAUUGGUUGCGUGAGACUCGAGAGGCACCAGGCCGGCUGGUGUUUAAAGCCAAGAAAUGUGCUCCCCGUAUGACUCCGAUAAACCACUUGUUGACACAGGCAUUUUGUCAGAAAAUCUCUGGCUGUUUUUUUUUUCCCAACUGAGGGAUGAGUUUUUCUGCUCUGGGCGUGGAGGGCAAAAGGUGGUUAAGUGCAGUGACCUGACCUUCACAUAAUCAUCAGAGCCUGUGGGUUUUCAUCAUUUAAAAAGUCAGUGUGUUUUUUUUUUUUAUGAUUGGAGAAAUUGCACAUUUAACUGACCUCCCAGGACUUUCGAAGGCAGUACAUUUUAAGUUGGUUCAUGUUCACGAACCAGCCCACAGGUUAAUUAAAACCUCUUAACAGAUUAGUUAAAGUCAGAAAUAUUGUGGCUGUUAGCGUGAUUGUUUUUUUUAAUAUUUUUGAGGAGCGUGGUUUUGUUUUGUAAGAAAUGGUUAAAAAUAUGUGUGCGCAAACCACCAUACAGGAACAUUACCAGCAGUUCUGUGGUCGAGGGCUGGAAUCCAUGCAGCAUUCUGUCUGAUGCUUUAGCUUGAUGUAAUAUGGAUGUCAGUACUGUUACAAAACACCCCUUGAUUUUUGCAUGCAUAAAACAUGCAUCCUUUAAAGGGCUCCCUUUGUUCUCGGUAUUUGCAUAAAUGUUGUUUGUAUCUGUGUGUUCGUAUAAAAUUGCUCCAAUAUGUCG